UACAGCGCGCGAAAUCCGUAUAUGCCGAGAGUGUUCAAGAUUAAAUUUAGAAAAAUAGUUAAAAAUAACAUUAAGCCUUGAAGUAUAAAAAAAGAUUUAUAAUCUAUAACUAGUCUUUAUUCGAUAACGUAUUCUUUAUUGAUUAUUUUCGUUAGAAAAAAUUUUCCAAAUCUCCUUCAUAUUCAUUCCAAUGGUAUCUAUUAUCAUCGUAAAGCCUGCUGACGUAAUGAACGCAUGCGAAUCUUAUUAACUGAAUAGAUCUUAGAAAUUUAACUGCAGUCGCAUAACGCAUAACGAACACAACGAUUGCUCCUUUUUUACGUCAUUAGAUUAGACAAGUUGCAUGCGCAUAAAAGUAGCCCAUGUUCGCGUGAUCCCUAUCAGUACGUAGAAAUCAAUUCGAGAGAUAUGAUUCCCCUCAUUGUUCUUGCAGUUCUGCUCCUAUACUUCGCAAGUAAUACUAAAAACGACUCGCCCAACUCCAUCAAAAUCACCUAGAAACAAUUUUCCGAAUCCAAACUACGAUGAAGACCACCGUAGGACUGAUAUCGAUCAGUCUCAUUCUCGUUGCUGGCGACAUGUCGAUGCUGAUGCGUCAGCAACCCGAAAGCCUGCCAGACUUCCUCCUGGAGGAGGUCAUACUGGACAGUCUGGUUAACUUGAUGUCACCGCUUCCAGAGGAUCGUGCCUUUCUACCGAACCUUGCCGAUCCCGUGACCGAUCGAGAGAUCGGUUUCUUUCUCUACAGCAGAGACAAUCCCGCUGAACCUGUGGCGUUGAGGAUCGGCGACGUUGCCAUUUUCAAGACUUCCAAUUUCAACGUUGACAAGCCUAUGAAGGUGUUGAUUCACGGCUGGACGGAUACCGGCAGCAGUUCGUGGGUACAGGACGUUAGGAAGAAUUAUCUGAAGGCGGGGGACUACAACGUCGUCGUGGUGGACUGGUCUGUGGCAUCGUUGAAGGACUAUUUGACAGCGUCAAGGUUGUCGAGACAAGUAGGCGACCACGUGUCCCAAUUCCUCGAGUUUCUCAUGAUGGAGGGUAUCGUUAUACCCGAAGACAUCCACGUUCUAGGCCACAGUCUCGGAGCCCACAUCGCCGGGUUCAUCGGUAGCAACUUGUCGGGGAAAAUUGCGCGCAUCACCGGUAUGGAUCCGGCCAGACCGGAUUUCGAAUACCCUUUUUUGAGGGAACCGAACGACCGGUUGGAUCCUACCGACGCCAAAUUCGUCGACGUAAUUCACACCUGCGCUGGAACCGUCGGAUUCGUCAGACCUAUAGGACACGUAGAUUUCUACCCUAACGGAGGAAUCUUUCGGCAACCGGGAUGUCCCGUUCUGAUGACACAGUACUGCAGUCACGGAAGGUCGCAUCAAUUCAUGUCGGAGUCGAUCGUCAAUCCGACUGGCUUCCCCGCAGUCGAGUGCAACGACUGGAAAGAAUUCAAAGGCAACAGGUGUGGCAGUAACAGAAUCGUUUACAUGGGCGAAAAACUGGACACCGAAGCCAGAGGCAUUUACUUUCUCGAAACCAACGCAGAUGCACCUUUCGGCCGUGGAGAGCUGUAAUUGCAUCAAAACGAAAAAUCUUUUUUGUUGGUACGAGAUUAUGUACAUACACAAAAAUAAAACAAUCCACGCACA